AUGAUCGACUGGAAUCAGCUACCGAGUGAGAUCAUCAGCGCUGUUUCCGACUAUUUGAGUUUCUCUGAACGCCGAACACUGUCAAUGGUCAGCCGUCGCUGCCGACAAAUUGUGAGCGCAAGACGUGAGAGAUUUUCCGGUAUCAUCGUUCGUGGAAUGCCAUCUAUAAAUUACUACUUCAUUGAUGUCGCGUUUGAUGAUGGAUCCCGAUUGCGGAAAGAAUUCAGUUCAACUUACUGUGGAACAACCGACGUUAAGACUGUGUUGACAGAC